UUGUUCGAUCUACCACAUUUGUUUCAAAAUUGCUAUCAAACGCUAAUCAAAUUCAUUUGAUAUGGUGAACGUUGUCAAAUAUUGAUUACACGGUGUUUAUAUGAUGCCUACAUUGAGACAAAAGGUGACAACCUAUUUUAGGCAAUUAAGUUUUAUAGCGGAGCGUGAUGAUCGAAUUCAUUCAGCAACAAAGGUUUCCAAUGGGUCUUUCAUUACAAGAUAUCUUGAUGGGACAUGGAAACCUCCAGAUUCGAUCCCAAAAAUUUUGAGUGGCAAAGACCCACUUGAUAUGCCUGAACACAAUAUAAGUGAAUAUAAAACCGGCCCGGAAACCGUUACGGCUUCCUAUACUGGACCUGAUGAAGGAUUAACUGGAGUUAGAAGGAUGCGGGUUCAUCUUAGUGCUGGACCAGAAAUCGAUUUCAUCGACACGCUUCACGAGCAAGAUAUUCAGAGUGAAAUAACCACAAACAAAAAAAUCACAGCAGCAGCUAAAACUAGCUUUAAAAUUGACCCAAAUGCCAACAAACGGUCCAGCAAUCGCAAAGAUAAAUUGCAGAGCAAUGACCAAGAAGAUAAGAAAGAAAGUUCUAUUACGAGCACGAAAAAAGAACUUGUUCUGUUUAAUCAAACAAUAGAUAAUUUCAACGAUAACACGAUUAUUCGAGGAACACCAGAUGACGCUACGACGGACCCGAUAGCUAAUAUAAGAAGCUGGAAUCUUCCGAACGAUCACGUUUAUGGAAUUUCAAUCUCUUUAUAUGAAAAAAAUAUUGUUAACGGAGAUAUGAUAGGUAAUCCUGUAGCAGACUGUUUUGGAGUUGUUGCUCGAGACAAUUGCUGUAUCAUGGCUAUGGCCGAUGGCGUGAACUGGGGGGAAGGAGCCCGUCUUGCAGCUCGAUGUGCGAUUCAGGGGUCCAUUGAUUACCUGAAUUCCGCUGUAUUUGGAAUACAUCUCACUUCUUCUACAAAGGACAUUUUCGUUAGUCUAGUACGGAGCUUUUGGGAAGCACAUUCGUAUAUCAUGGAGGUCGGUGGAGCACUAACGACUCUUACAGUGCUUGUGGUGUUGCCUUCAGCAGAUGAACCUGGCAAACACAUAGUUUGUUGCUGCAAUGUUGGUGAUUCUCUUGGUUAUGUAUAUUCGAAGGCUCACGGCGUUAGAGAGAUAACAGAAGCAUCUCACGACGUGACUUCAAUGCGCGACAUGCGAGACGCACUAGGUGCAUUGGGGCCGGUUAAUAAUGAUAAACCAGAAUUGUCUAACCUAACACUUUCAUUAACUAUUGUUGAAAAGGGUGAUAUAGUGUUCCUUACCUCUGACGGUAUUAGUGAUAAUUUUGAUCCAGUUGUUGGAAAAUUUGCCGAACCACUGUUACCUAACAAAGCUCAGCCAUUAACUACUGUCACCCCUAUGCCUAGCCAUUCAGGUCAAUCUCGUUUAGCACCUAAGAGACAAAAUAAAAGUUCAGGCAGUAUUAUCACGAAAGCACGAGAAUCUGUAGACUCCAAUCCAAAAUCAGGCAAGGCCAAACCUCCCUUAGGGUCUGUUCAACAACAGUCGACUAAACGGCCGAACUCGGCUGCCCCAUCAACAGAAAGAACCGGCCCAAUUUAUACGCGCUCAAAAACGUUUAUUGAGCCACGAAUACGCUCGAACUAUCAGGAAAACAUUAAAACCAAAUUGCCGCAAGUAACUGGAGUACAGCGACAUCAACUAACAUUACUACGGAUGGCUGAUCUGUUAAUGUAUGGUAUUAAUGGCUCUCUUAGACCGUGUAGUACUGCCAAACAGUUAUGUCAACUGUUGAUUGAUUUUGUGACAUGCAUUACUGCAGCUAAAAGGAAACUACUGGAACAACGUGAACUAUACUAUAAGGUAGUUACUGACAGAGAUGGCUGUCGCAAAGAAGUAGAAUUGACGAAACAGCAGCAAAAAACAGCACGCAAACGUAUGAUAGAAGGUAUUACAUUUUCUUCUUUACCCGGUAAACUUGACCAUGCCUCCAUAGUAGCGUUCACUGUCGGCACUGAGCGCACGUUUCAUCAAACUAGCUUGUAAUAAACUAAUCUACACCAUCGACUU